AAUCGUUCUAUAAGGAUAUGCAAAACGUAACAUAUUAUCACCACCACUUUUACCAAGUAUAAAACCGAUUUUUUUUUGACGAAAUGUAUCAGUCGCUAUCACCUUUUUACACGUCGACAUUUUUUUAAGAUCUCUAAUUUAAAAUGGCUUUCCUAAAAAUUGUUGCAUUUGCUUUACUUUCAACCAUCUACACCACCCGGGCCAGUGUCAUAGCUCCACUACCAGCAGUACAUGCAGUCCCAGCGAUCCGUUACACCAGAGUCGCUCCACCAAGUGUACUACCCUUCUCAGCUCAAGUCAGUACAUUCACGAGAAAUCUCCAUGUGUUAAAUGCUCCUUAUGCCGCCGGUGUCCUUCCUGGUGCUCCCGCUAUUAUCCAAAGAGCCCUUCCUAUCGCUCCUGCUCAUAUUCAUCCUGGUCACAUCCAUUCUGCUCCAGUUUAUCCAACUGCCUUUGGUGCCUCUUUGGCUCCUAGGGUACUGCCAGCUCCAAGUGUCCUGACAGCACCAGUCGCUGGAUAUCCGUUGCACGCCCAUGGUGUCGUUGCGCCUGUAGGGAGGUCUGUACAUGCUGUUGCUCCCGGUGUACCCUUUGUAGAGCCAGGGUUUGCACAUGCCUCAUUGUUAGGAUAAAGCGUUUUAGUGAUAUUUAGGUUUUUGUAAAUAUUGUUCAAAUUGUAUGUUUCGCAAAUGUGUGUAUGUUAUAGUGAUGAGUUGACUGAUGCAUAGGAUGUAUAAGAAUAAUUAAAACAUAUAUUUUAUAAAA